AUGUGCAGUCGGCAGGUGUAUACGUAUAUCGCGCGUAACUCCAUUCAAUUUUGGUUGUACAUAACACUCAUACAACCAUUUCCGCGUCUAUCGAGGCUCACGACUAUCUUGCGUGUUGGCUGGCUCAUAUGGCUCAUCGUUUUGAUAUUUGGCAACUUAAGUUAUCUCAUAUCUGACAGUUAUGAAAAUUUGGGAUACUUAGUCGGCUACGCUUCAUUCAUCAUUGAUAUUUUAACAAAUACGGCGAUCUUCGUCGAAAUUAUUUGCAAACAAAAACACUACCAACGACUAAUACAACUCGAAUACGAAGUGGAUGCUUUACUGCAGCAGCAAACUGACAUCAAUUCAAUUGAGUCGAAUGUAUGGCGCAAAGUAUUCUACCAACUAAUCAUUCAUACCACCUGCGAUGCCUUACAUCUCGUCGUUGCAGCCAUGUAUUACAAGUCGCCAGUGUACUACUUUAAUAUUCCAUUACUGACGGUGGCGCGUAUACGUUACGCACAAAUCACACUUUUUAUUGAGCGGCAAAAUCAACGCACACGUUGCUUGAUUCGUGCGCUCCUAGUGUUGGUUAAGGCAAAUCGUCCGAAACAUAAAUUCACCAGCGAUAUUUGGCAGCCGUAUGCUGUGUGGGAAUACGAUCAUUUAAAUUGGUUACGUCUGGUGCAGGGGCGCCUUUACGAGUUGUAUCAGGGUGUGAGCGAGUGUUUCGGUUGGUCUAUAAUUUCGUUGCUCUUCGGCGCAUUUUUCACCAUCGUAAGCAAUCUAUUUUGGUGCAUAGAAAUCUGGAAAUAUAAUUUCCAGCUUGGCCAGUUCGCAUACGAUGCGCUAAAUAUUAUUAGAGUAGGCACUUUCGCCGCAAUCCUGCUGACCGCAGCCGACAAUGCAAGGAGAAAGCAUAUGCUGAUAAGCGGUCUCAUAUUCAAGCUACCAAAGCCGCUAGGCAACAAAGUUUACAAUGAUCUUGUCUCCAAUAUUGCGCUGCAAUGUCUACAUCAGGGAUUUGGAAUCAGCGUGAAAGGAUUUUUCAACUUGAAUCUGUCGCUGCUGGGAGAUAUGAUCGCUUUAAUAGUUACACACCUGGUUAUACUUGUUCAAUUUUUACUCAGCGAGGAAGUUAUCAGGAAGAAAAUAUCUUCGUUCAAAUUCUUAAGCAAUACAACGGGUGGUACUUAA